AUGGCACCGCCCAAAAAGGCUACGCUUCCUCUCAUUCCACUCCACAAGGGCACUGUUCUACUGCCUGGCAUUGUUCUCCGAAUUCCAGUCUCGGGCAACAGAGCCGAUAUCCCGGCCCUACUUUCUCAUGUCUACAGUCGAGCUGCUUCGAAGACACUUGCCCAACGACUCGAUAAUGUCAAUAUAGCUUGCGUCCCGCUCAACUCCCCUCUAUUAUCGAAUCAUGGGCAGAGGUUGAUCGCUGGAGACGACAAAAAUCCGCCCCCGAAAGAACGCCUCGAUAUCGAUCCUGGGCGUGCUACCAAACAGGAUUUGUUUGGAUAUGGAGUUGCGGCAAAGAUAUCAGGCGUUGAGGGACGGGGUACUGGAGAGUUUGCCUUGCUGGUUGAGGGAAUGGCCAGAAUUCGAAUCGACAGGAUUUCGCAGGAGAAACCUUUCUUCGAGGCCCAAGUUACAUAUGAACACGACGAAGUCAUCUCUCUCGAAGAUGUGGCGAUGCAGGGGCUUUUCGCCCAUCUCAAGCAGCUCUCCCGUGAGCUAAUGACGCUACUCCGACUCUCCUCCUUGCUACCGCGAACUACUGGCUCCUCGGGUCUUUCCCCUGUUCUCGCUCGCCGGCUCGAAUUAUACAUUGCACGAAAGGGUCUACAGGAUGGGGGCGUCCUGGCAGACUUUAUGGCAAAUAUAGUCGAUGCUUCUUCUGAGGAAAAACUGGAGGUACUGGCUGCUGUGGACGUCAAGGACCGUUUGGAAAAAGCUAUUGCGCUUCUCCAACGCCAGGUCGGUAACAUCAAGAACAACGUCAGCAUUGCAACUUUCACCAGUACGAACCUUCCUGGGAAUAUGGAUCUAGAUCAGAUGAAUCGAAUCAACAAUCAAAGACGGCGAGCCGGUACAAAUGGGAUGGCAUUACCGCAACUUCCUGGUAUGGGUGGCGGUGAUGAUGAGCAGGAGCCAAACGAGAUAGAAGAGCUGAAGAAGAAGAUCGAGGAUGCCAAAAUGAGCCCGGAAGCUGCAAAGGUCGCUGAUCGAGAACUCAAGCGUUUAAAGAAGAUGUCUCCCGCUCAAGCAGAAUACCAAGUCACUCGUAACUAUUUGGAAAACCUGACGGAAAUUCCUUGGUCUGUCACGACAGAAGAUCAACUCGGCGUGGAGACCUUGACAAGAGCCAGAAAGCAGUUAGAUGAUGACCAUUAUGGCCUUGAAAAGGUAAAGAAGCGCCUGCUUGAGUACCUGGCCGUUCUGAAACUCAAGCAAGCCAUCAAUGAAAACGUCAAUGCGGAAAUCACAAAGGCAGAAGAUGAGAAGGCUAAUGGAAAAGUUGAGAUUUUGAAGAGCAAGCGGAUGAUUGACAAGUCACCAAUCUUGCUUUUGGUUGGUCCUCCAGGUGUGGGAAAGACGAGUUUGGCCAAGUCCGUGGCCACAGCUCUUGGAAGAAAGUUCCAUCGUAUCUCUCUUGGGGGCGUGCGAGACGAGGCAGAGAUACGAGGCCACCGGAGAACGUAUGUGGCGGCAAUGCCUGGCCUCAUUGUGCAAGGUCUGAAGAAGGUCGGCGUGGCAAACCCUGUUCUCCUUCUGGAUGAAAUCGAUAAAGUUGGCACGUCGAAUUUUCACGGCGACCCUUCGGCGGCUAUGCUCGAAGUGUUGGACCCUGAGCAAAAUCACACCUUCACAGAUCACUACGUCAAUAUCCCUAUAGAUCUCAGCAAGGUUAUCUUCAUCGCAACUGCGAACAGUUUGGAUACAAUUCCUCCUCCCUUGUUGGACCGCAUGGAAACAAUAUCUCUUUCGGGCUACACUACUCUCGAGAAACGCCAUAUCGCUCUACAACACUUGAUCCCAAAACAAAUUCGGACAAAUGGUCUCGGGGAUGGACAGGUUGAGUUUAACAGCGAAGUUGUGUCCAAGAUAAUCGAGUCAUACACGCGAGAAUCAGGCGUCAGAAACCUCGAACGGGAGAUUGGCUCGGUGUGUCGUGCCAAGGCCGUAGAGUAUGCUGAAGCUAAAGAUGCUGGGCACACCGAGAAAUACAAACCUCAACUAACGGUGGACGACAUCGAGGAAAUUCUCGGAAUCGAAAAGUAUGAUGAGGAGAUUGCUGAGAAGACAAGUCGUCCAGGAAUCGUGACGGGUCUCGUGGCCUACAGCUCAGGUGGAAACGGCAGCAUACUUUUCAUCGAAGUCGCCGACAUGCCGGGUAGCGGAAGUGUGCAGCUCACAGGGAAGCUGGGUGACGUUCUGAAAGAGAGCGUUGAGGUAGCACUUAGCUGGGUCAAGGCUCAUGCUUACGAGCUUGGUCUGACGGCCGAUCCUUCUGAGAACAUCAUGAAGAACCGAAGUAUACAUGUCCACUGUCCAUCGGGGGCAAUCCCCAAGGAUGGCCCUUCAGCCGGGAUGGCGCAUACCAUUGCGCUCAUUUCCCUGUUUUCUGGCAAGGCUGUACCUCCAACCAUGGCUAUGACCGGCGAGAUAUCUCUUCGAGGCCGUGUGACUGCGGUCGGAGGAAUCAAGGAGAAACUGAUUGGUGCUCUCCGUGCCGGCGUCAAGACGGUUUUGCUACCAGCUCAGAACAAGAAAGAUGCCAAGGACCUGCCACAGGAGGUCAAGGAUGGGCUGGAGAUCAUCCACGUCAGUCACAUCUGGGAAGCUAUGCACCACGUCUGGCCAGGAGCUCACUGGCCCGGAGAGCAAAAUUUCGCGGGCAUAGAAAGUCGGUUAGAAGCUCGGCCCCUCGGUUCAUGCAGCCAGGUGCCAGUGCGCAUUGCAUUGGCAUGCACGACACCGGUCGGUGCACUGUCACCCCAGAUUCCUCCUUGUGGUACGGCCGGCUCGUACUGGGGAUUCGCGGUGCAGCUGAAGCGGACGAUGAUGUGGGCGCCACAGCCAGAGGGACACUCCGGGGCUUUUGGUGGGUGGCAGACCUGGCUUGCCCACGCCCGGCGACGGACCGAGACGCGUUUUCGAAGGUGGCUCGGCUAG